AGUUUUGCCGCAUAGCUCCACGGCCGAAGCCGAACGCCCCACCAGACCACCCCCACCCGGCCCCGGCCCCCGGGUCCCUGUCUUCCCCGUCUCCGCUUCCGUCCACCUCACGUCGGCGUCUUCCAUCGAAGUGGCCUUUUCGGCGGCGAGUGAGAGGGCGAGGAAUAAAACUCGCGUCGCGCACGCACCGCAACAAUAAUAUCCUUCCACGCGAAUAUUCGCCGCUUCCCACCUCCCCCGCCCCGCAUAUCCUUCCGUCCGUCCGUUCGUCUCCCCCCUUUCCCUUCCCCUCUAUUUCACCACCCCAUCAGCCGCCCGCCACCGCGACGAUCACCGGCGCAAUCCGUUCACCCCACCACUCAUCCACUCCCCCUCCGCGAAUCUCAUUUCUUUACUGCGGCUAGGAGGAGGCGGCGGCGGCGAUGAAGUUCGGCAAGAGCCUGAGCGGACAGAUCGUGGAGACGCUCCCGGAGUGGCGCGACAAGUUCCUGUCCUACAAGGAUCUCAAGAAGCGCCUCAAGCUCAUCGGCGCCGGGAACGGGGCUGAGCGGCAGCCGAAGCGGGCCCGCCGCGACGACUCCGGGGAGGCUGACGCGGCCGCGGCCGCGGCGGCAAUGACGCCAGAGGAGGCGGAGUUCAUGCAGCUCCUGGAGGCUGAGCUCGACAAAUUCAACUCUUUUUUCGUCGAGAAAGAGGAGGAGUACAUCAUCCGUCAGAAGGAGCUGCAGGACCGGGUGGCCAGGGCGGCCGGGCGGGAGUCCAAGGAGGAGCUCAUGCGGGUGCGCAAGGAGAUUGUCGACUUCCACGGCGAGAUGGUGCUGCUGGAGAACUACAGCGCCCUCAACUACACAGGAUUGGUUAAGAUUCUCAAGAAAUAUGACAAGAGAACUGGAGCCCUGAUCCGGCUGCCCUUCAUUCAGAAAGUUCUUCAGCAGCCUUUCUUCACCACUGAUCUCCUGUAUAAGCUUGUGAAGCAGUGUGAAGCCAUGCUGGAGCAGCUCCUUCCGGUUAGUGAGGCAUCUGUCUCAAGUGAAGAUGGAAAAGGAGACUCUAAUGAUGAAGAGAAGCUGGCGAAGCCAAGUUCUUCCUUGGUAAAUGGUGGUGGCAUGCCAGAGUUAGAUGAGAUCGAGUACAUGGAGAGUAUGUACAUGAAGAGCACCGUCGCGGCCCUUAGGUCACUGAAGGAGAUCCGGGGCAAGAGCUCUACUGUCAGUAUGUUCUCGUUGCCACCUCUUCAGGGCAACAAUGCACAGGACAGCUACCAGAUCCGGGCAGAGCAACUAGAUGAGGAGCCGGAGAGGUGGAGCAAAGUAACAGUGAUAGAGCAGGCGGCCAAAUGACAGACCGAAUGGGCAAAACAUCUGAUGGCUGAACUUAAAAAUUUUAGACUUGGACAUUUGCUGGAGAUGGGACUGGGAUCCCAAUCUCCCAUUCAGAAAUUUGUAUGAAUUCAGGAUUCCUAACAGCUGCGAAAUGGUGGACAUGUUAAAUCAUAGAAUUCCCAGCACAACCAUCGGACAGAAUUGGGCUGAUUUUAUUCACUAUUGUGAAUUGAUCAUGUGUUUCUACUGAUAUACAACCUUAUGAUUCGGUGUGGCUUCUGAUUGUGAUAAUGAAAGAGAAAACAGGUUUUGGCUUGCUA